UGAAGUCAAGUGUCGUCGUCGAAAGCUCGAAGCUCGGUCCAGUCAUUCAAAAUCGGCAGAGAAUGAAGCUCCCGCAAGCGGGCUUCCUCCUCUUCCUCCUGUACCAGCGCGCCCAGUUCGCCCGGGGCUUCGGCCCCAACCCCAAACCGAGUUUCAGCCUCGACCUUGACCACGGUCAUCGGAGUGACCCCCGAAACUUGAUCCGGACCCUCAAUGACCUCAUCGCGUACUACAAGUCCCACCCGCAGAAAGUUGACGUCAACCUCUUCUUCGGCUUCGCCAUUGUUGCCGGUCAGCUAGAGAUCAUUCAGGAGUCCAUCCCGCAGGGAUCAUCAUGGCACACACAAAUUCAGAAACUGAGGAACGACUUGACACAGUUCAGAGAGGAGACAGUGUGUUUGGGAUGCCCUCUCUUCAAUUAUAUCUAUGAUUAUUUGAAUGUGAUUUCUCCCAUGACGUGGACUUUCAGCGAGGGCUACAAAUGGCUGAAAUUUCGAGAUUUCCCGACAAGGCUGCCGCGACAACGCUACGAUGAGACGCUGAACCGUAACGCAUCGGACUUCUGCCUGCAGAGAAUUUCCGAAGAAUGCAACGCUUCAGAAGAGUGCAUCGCUAUGGAGCUGAACCCUUCGAGCACAGGAUACGCUUUAACUCAUCAAAUCCUUUUCCUUAUCUUAGCAAAACAGUUUGGCUGUGAGAUCAAAUUCAAAGGAGAGAUCCUAGACGCGGAGGAUAUAAUUCAACGCAAAUGUACUCAUGCGUUUGUGGAGGCGCAUGAUCUCUAUAGGAAGUCAAUAUUCCGUGAUCCGGUGGCUUGCGAUCUGUUCAUUGAACAAAUUGCAGUAUGCGGUCUGAUGAACAUUGUCGAUUUCUUCGAGAUUCGGCGCUGGUUUGAAUUUAUUCUAUCUUUACAAACGCCUGAGGGAUAUUUUACUUGCAGCAAUUACCAUACAAACGUGCCAAG